AUGUUUGGGUUUGGUCGCAAGAAAGAGCCCGUUAAGGAGUGGAUUGUCGACGAUGACAAGCCGCUCGUUACCAAGCCGUUUGGGACUCCAUCCGAUUCCAUAGAAAAACCCGCUUUCCAGGACAUUGAAACGGAGGAACAACAGACUAAAUAUAACACCGUUCUGAAGCAUUUCGAGGCCACAGAAAAGUAUCCCAUCACCGAGAAACACGGUGAUCCAGAAGAAUAUGUUGCAUUGAACGACUUUGAGAAGGCAUGGCUGACCAAAGAGUGUUUCCUGAGAUAUCUCAGGGCUUGUGAUUGGGCUGUUGACGAGACUAUCAAACGUCUUACCACGUCCAUUGCCUGGCGACGCGAAUUUGGAAUUGCCGGAGGAGAUUUUGAGAAAGUCACCAGCGACCUCGUCAAGGUUGAGAACGAGACCGGUAAACAACAGGUGUUUGGAUUCGAUACCGGCGGAAGACCGUGUUUGAUUCUGUUGAACGGCCGUCAAAACACGAAAACUUCUAAUAGACAGAUCCAGCAUUUGAUAUAUAUGUUGGAAACCAGCAUUGAUUUCAUGCCUCAAGGUCAGGACAAACUGGCUUUAUGUGUGGACUUCAAGAAAUACCCAGAAGCCUCGCUCGUGGAGCCAAAGGUGCCAUCUGUUACCGUUGGAAAAGAGGUGCUCCGUAUUCUGCAAUAUCACUACCCAGAACGGCUGGGUCGUGCUCUGUUCAUCAAUAUCCCAUUCAUUGUUUGGGGAUUCCUCAAGAUCUGCUGGCCGUUUGUGGAUAGCUUCACCAAGCAAAAAUGUAAAUUUGACGAGCCAUUCCGUCUCUUCAUUCCACCUGAACAGCUCGCUCUCAAUUACGGAGGAGACGUGAACUUUGAGUAUGUGCAUGACGACUUUUGGCCUGCAAUGGUCGAACUCAGAAACCAGAAACGUAAAACAUUGAUGGAGAACUACUAUAAGUUAGGCGGAGGCGUUGGACUGAGCGAGAUUGACCUUCGGGAAGGAUUAUGA